AGUGACCUUUCCUCCCGGAAGUCCGGCUCUCCCUGUCAGCAGGUACUGGGGUGAUGGCUUCCGAGCCCCGCCGAGCGCAGCUCCAGUUUCUCCGACCUGGCCGUUGAGCUGGAGUGACCGUUGCCCGUCUGCCUGCCGUAGGCCCAGGGAAGAAACCAUAGCCUAGAAUGGCGGAGCUGGUGGCCGGAGAAGGGCCGCCGCGGGGCCGCACUCCCAGCCCGCUCCCGGGGCCGCCCAGCCCCCGUCCAGCCGCGGCGCCCACUUGCCCGCCGCGAAGUCCGGAGCCGCCGGCGCCUGAGAGAGCCGGGUCGGGGGACGGCGGGAGUAGCAGCAGCAGCGGGGGCUCCAAGUGGGUCCGGCUCAACGUGGGCGGCACCUACUUCGUGAGCACCCGCCAGACACUCUGCCGAGAGCCCAAGUCCUUCCUCUGCCGCCUCUGCUGCCAGGAGGGGCCCGAACUGGGCUCCGACAAGGAUGAAACGGGGGCAUAUCUCAUUGAUAGGGAUCCCACAUAUUUUGGUCCAAUCCUGAACUACCUCCGGCAUGGAAAACUCAUAAUAAACAAGGAAUUGGCAGAAGAAGGUGUGCUGGAAGAAGCUGAGUUUUACAACAUUGCAUCUCUAGUGCGGUUGGUGAAGGAGCGAAUACGGGACAAUGAAAGCAGAACUUCUCAAGGACCUGUCAAGCAUGUUUACAGAGUCCUGCAGUGCCAAGAGGAAGAGCUCACCCAGAUGGUGUCCACUAUGUCUGAUGGUUGGAAAUUUGAACAGCUAAUCAGUAUUGGAUCUUCUUAUAACUAUGGAAAUGAAGACCAAGCAGAAUUUCUAUGUGUUGUGUCCAGAGAGCUCAAUAACUCUACCAAUGGCAUAGUGAUAGAGCCUAGUGAGAAAGCAAAGAUUCUUCAGGAACGAGGAUCACGGAUGUAAUCUGAGCAUCUAAUACUUUAAAACUCCCAGAUGUCAAAAGGGCAAUCUAGCUGGGCAGAGCAUUUCUCCUGCAGUCCAACCUUGCUUUUGUACAGUAAUCAAACUAACACAAAGCAAAGCUGAGCCUGUCCUGCCAGUAGAAAAUUAAUGCUGGUGAAAACCAAAGGCUCAUCCCACUCCAGUUACAGAAGAUGAAGAAAGAAGAGAAUCUUCCAGCCAGAUAGCCCCCUUUACUCCACUAACUCUGUUUCUUUUUAUUUCUGUCUUGGCACUGAUGCAAUUUAUUUUAUUUUUAUUUAAUUGUGUUUUUGGCUCUCUUUAGAGAGGGCUAAAAGUGAGGGCUGCCCAGAUUCCUGGGCUCUUUUAAGAUAUCCCAAGCAUCAAUGGUCUGGACUAAUGACUGAGGAGUUUGGUUUAAUGGUAUCAUUUUUAAAGAAAUUUGUAACACUUAUGCUUUCCCAGAUCUGAUGAAAAUACAUUUGAAAGUAAAUGUCUAAACCAAGAACAUUCCUGCCCCCCCCCACAAAACAAUCUUUUUAAUUUUUGUUUUGGAUUCGUUACUGACUCAGAUACCUGUUAGAUGGGCAAUUUUUAAUUUGGGAGUGGGUGGGGUUAUGUUUACGAUGGGGCCUUGGCUGAAGGGUUUUUCUUCAGAUAACACUAAAAUAUAAGCUCUGAGCAUUUCUCGCAGUGUGGUUUGGUCAUCGCCAUUCACACAUCUUUAGAAAUAUGCUAUUUCUGUAAAUUUCAAAUCCAUUUCUCCUAUCUCUUAUUCUCUUAAAUGUCAGAGGAGCGUGGCAAUGGGACUUAUGUCCCAUUUUUUCCUGCCAGAGCCUGGAGUAUAGUCCCUUGACUAACAUUAAAGUUGCUCUUUGAUCUGGAGGAUUUGUCCCUGCCAAGUUCAGCUUUGCCUUGUCUUGUAUUCAGCAGCAUGAAAAUACCCCCUUGUUCAUCCUGCAUUAAAAGCAGGUUUUCUUUGUACUCUUAGUUACUUUGGUAGGCUUUAACAACUCUUUAUCCAAUACAUUCAGGGACAGAGGGUCCCUUAUUUACACAUGGUGAUUCUGCACUUUCAAUCCUCCACCUCCUUUUAUUGUGUUAUCUUACCCAAAAUAACUUAACUAAGUGGUAUUGCGGGGGGUGGGGAGGGGUGUUGAUGAAAGUUGCCAAACUGUUGUGAUUUUUUUUUCUUGUCCAAAGUGGUGUGUGAACUGUAAUGUUUUUUUUUCCUUUGGAAUGCCUUGAAUGGACGUGAAAAUGUCGUGCCUCUCUUCUGAUCUUAGCCAAAUGGGACUCACUGAUCUUGUUGGUGAACUUGUGCCAUCCCUAAUCAGUGAAAUGUCCCCUCCUAGUUGUUGGUAAAUGGGAAUCCCUUAAGCAUUUGCUGCAUGGUACCUCCCCUCCGUAUCCUGGCUUUGUUCCUCGUGAGUCAUCUUGACUUCUGGGCCUUUGAGAUAAGCCCCAAAACAUACCGAACCAAAGUUUCAGAAAAAUUGAAAUGCUUUGGUGUCCCUUGGCAAUAAUCAAAGCUCUCAGCUUACAAUCCGAAGACCCCUUAUAUACAAAUUGGUGUGUUUGGCAUUUUCCACCAGGGAAUUGCAUUCACUGUGUCUUCUUUAUGUUUUAUAGUGUGAGUUGAUGAGGCUUCUCGUUCUAUUUCUUCCUUAAAAAUGAAAAGGGUGGGGUAGAAGGACAGUGCGUGAAGUUUUGAUGAGGACAUUAAAGGCCUCAUUGUGGAUAAAAUGCAUGGAGUUUAAAUCUAGUUUGGCACUUAAUUCCCCCCUGCUCCACAUCCUCCAUCGUUCUUCAGUUUGUAUGUGCAUAUAUCACUGAGCUUCCCACAACGCACCUCCAGAGAAGUUUUGGUAGGUUAAGGGUUUGAAUAACAUGUCCUAGUUCAGUCUCUAUUACAACAAGACUGUACCAAAGGUCUUGAGGUCAGUCAGUGGCUGCCGAGACUCAACUGGCUCCAUAUUGUGUUGAAUUAAACCAACAUUCCGGUCCUGCCCUGCCCUUCCUGUUUAUAAUGUGUUGGUAUUGGCAUGAUUAGACUGUACGUCUUGGCUGGAUCUAACUAACACUGUGAUGUGUACAUAAACCCCUAUCUUGUACCUUCA